CUGAUUUCAGUUGUUCUACUAUAUUGUUCCUUGAAACCCAACACUUCAACAAAUCCCUCUUCAUUUUUGAGCCAACGAUGUCUUCGCCUUCUUCAUCUAAUCUUCCUCUGAAAGCAAUCCCCGGAGAUUAUGGCUUGCCUUUCUUCGGCGCGAUAAAAGACCGGCUGGACUACUUCUACCAUGAGGGUAGAGACGAAUUCUUCCGGACCCGGAUGCAGAAGUACCAGUCGACGGUCUUCCGGUCCAACAUGGUUCCCGGCCCUUUCAUGGCCCGGAACCCUAAGGUCGUCGUGCUCCUCGAUGCCAUCAGCUUCCCGAUCCUCUUUGACACGUCUAAGGUCGAAAAGAAGGAUGUGUUUGUCGCGACCUACAUGCCUUCGAUCAACUUCACGGGCGGAUACCGUGUGUGCGCCUACCUUGACCCCUCUGAACCCAAACACGCCAUCUUCAAAGGCUUAUUCCUAUCGACCCUUGCGACCCGACACAAUAAGUUCAUUCCACUCUAUAGGAGUUCCCUAUCACAGCUCUUCAUUGAACUAGAAGAUGAGUUCUCUAGCAAAGGCAAAGUAUACUUCAAUGACUAUUGCAACAAAAUGUCCUUCAGCUUCUUGGCCAACCUAUUUUGUGACCGGAACCCAUCUAGCACAAUCCUGGCGACCGACAAAGUGACCAAAUUCUUCGACUCGUGGUUGCUUUUCCAACUUGCACCGUUGAUGACCCUAGGGUUACCAAAGAUACUUAACUUUUUGGAAGACAUAGUUCUACACACAUUCCCAUUGCCUUCACUGUUGCUCAAAUACGAUUACAAGAAAUUCUACGAGGUGUUCAAUGAGUACGCAAAAUCGAUAUUGGAUGAAGCCGAGAGCUUGGGAAUCAAAAGAGACGAAGCAUGCCACAACCUUGUUUUCCUCGUGUGCUUCAAUUCCUAUGGGGGCAUGAAAACCACCUUGCCAGCUUUGAUCAAGUGGGUUGGACUCGCUGGAGAAGAAUUGCAACGACGGCUCGCGGAGGAAAUCCGGACCGUUGUUAGAUCGGAAGGCGGGGUCACAAUGGCUGCAUUGGAGAAGAUGAGCUUGACCAAGUCGGUUGCCUGGGAAGCGCUGAGAAUCGAGCCUCCGGUCGCGUUCCAGUACGGCCACGCCAAGGAGGAUUUGGUGAUCCACAACCACGAUGCGGCCUUCGAGAUCAAGAAGGGCGAGAUGAUAUUUGGAUAUCAGCCGUUUGCAACUAAGGAUCCAAGGAUAUUCGAAAGGCCAGAGGAGUUCGUGGGCGACAGGUUCGUCGGGGAAGAAGGUGAGAAGCUGUUGAAGUACGUGUACUGGUCGAACGGGCGCGAGAUCGAUGAUCCGACUGUGGGGAACAAGCAGUGCCCUGCAAAGAAUCUGGUGGUGCUCUUGAGCAGGGUCAUGCUCGUGGAGUUCUUCCUCCGCUACGACACAUUCACAAUCGAGGCUGGGACGUUGCCAAUCGGGUCGACGGCGACGUUCACGUCAAUGUCGAAGGCCACGAGUAUUUGAGUCUCAAUCAUUUCCGGUUCUUAGUUUUCGUGAAGUCAUCUGCUAGGAGCAGGUCGUGGUUUAAUUAGUUCGAUUGGUUUGCUUGUGGAAGAAAUUCCGGCGAUUGUUUUAUUCCCUUUACUCAAUAAAUUGUUGCGUGUAAAGAUAUCCAAGUUGUAUCAUUAGGUGACCAAUGACAAAGAAUCUAAGAUCUUACAUUAACUUAAAGCAUGAAAUAGGGCAUAGUUGAGUUUUUUGUAAGCUAACAUGGGCUUGAAUUGACAAAUUAGAGGAGUUCAUUGUCCGCUAA